CUAACCGGUCAGUGAGCAAUCUGUUGUGGAAGUGAGAAGGUCUUGUUUGACAUCAAAAUGUUACGGUACUGUGUAUCACUUUUCAAAUGAAUGAGGCGACGAACUUCGGGAACACACGGUGAUCUAAAAAGGAAACGCGCGGACGUAGCUAGUUUUACUGAUGAUUUUUCAGGUGUUAGAUUGACAAUAUGCUGUAGGAAGUGUCCGUGUGUGCAGUGAAAUAGGUGGUGAAAAGAAAAAGCACGCAAAAUGGCGGAUCUGGAGGCAGUGCUCGCGGACGUGAGCUAUUUGAUGGCUAUGGAAAAGAGCAAAUGCACGCCAGCAGCCCGAGCCAGUAAGAAAAUAAUCCUUCCCGACCCAAGCGUGCGGAGCGUGAUGCACAAGUACUUGGAGAAGAAGAACGAAGUCAACUUCGACAAAAUCUUCAACCAGAUGCUAGGCUACCUGUUAUUCAAGGAGUUCUGCGAGACGGUAGCGGACGAGCCCAUCCCGCAGCUCAAGUUCUACGAAGAAAUAAAGCAGUUCGAAAAACUGGAAUGCGUGGAGGAGAGAAGAAAGCUCGCCCGUGAAAUUUACGACAAUUUCAUUAUGAAGGAGUUGCUCGCCCACUCGCAUGAUUACUCCAAAGAGGCAGUUGCUCAUGUACAGAAGUAUUUAAUGAAAAACGAGGUUCCUGUUAAUUUAUUUGAGCCAUACAUAGAAGAAAUCUUUAACCAUCUACGAGGUGAACCCUUCAAGAAGUUUUUAGAAAGUGAUAAGUACACCCGUUUUUGCCAGUGGAAGAACCUAGAGUUAAAUAUUCAGUUAACAAUGAAUGACUUCAGUGUCCAUCGGAUAAUUGGAAGAGGUGGAUUUGGUGAAGUUUACGGGUGUCGAAAAGCAGAUACAGGAAAAAUGUAUGCAAUGAAAUGCCUGGAUAAGAAACGAAUAAAAAUGAAGCAGGGAGAAACUUUAGCUCUUAAUGAGCGAAUAAUGUUGUCUCUAGUCAGUACAGGAGUAGACUGCCCUUUUAUUGUAUGUAUGACAUACGCAUUUCACACACCUGAUAAACUGUGUUUCAUCUUAGACCUCAUGAAUGGAGGAGAUUUGCAUUAUCACUUAUCCCAGCAUGGAGUUUUUAAUGAGCAUGAAAUGAAAUUCUAUGCUGCUGAAGUUAUUUUAGGUUUAGAACAUAUGCAUAGGCGUUUUAUAGUAUAUCGUGACCUAAAGCCAGCGAACAUCCUUUUGGAUGAACAUGGGCAUGUACGAAUAUCGGAUCUUGGUCUAGCAUGCGACUUCUCGAAGAAGAAACCUCAUGCAAGUGUUGGGACUCAUGGUUACAUGGCUCCAGAAGUUCUCUCAAAGGGAACUGCCUAUGAUUCCAGUGCAGACUGGUUUUCUUUUGGCUGCAUGCUGUACAAACUACUCAAAGGACACAGUCCAUUCAGGCAACACAAAACAAAAGACAAACAUGAAAUUGACAGAAUGACGUUAACCAUGAAUGUAGAGCUUCCAGAAUCCUUUUCGAAGGAGCUACGGUCUCUCCUGGAAGGACUGCUGCAACGUGACAUAGACAAGAGACUGGGCUGCAAAGGAAAUGGAGCUGAUGAAGUGAAAGAGCAUCCCUUCUUUGCUGGCCUGGACUGGCAGCAGGUGUACCUGCAGAAGUAUACACCACCACUCAUCCCUCCAAGGGGUGAGGUGAAUGCAGCUGAUGCUUUUGAUAUUGGCUCCUUUGAUGAAGAGGAUACAAAAGGAAUAAAGCUCACGGAGGCAGACCAGGAUCUCUACAAAAACUUUCCUUUAGUAAUCUCAGAACGAUGGCAAGCUGAAGUUGCAGAAACAGUUUUUGAGACAAUCAAUGCUGAAGCAGAUAAGAUGGAACAGAAAAAGAAAGCCAAACAAAAACUUAAGUUUGACACUGAUGAAAAAGAAUCUGACUGCAUUCUGCAUGGAUACAUAAAGAAACUGGGAGGACCUUUUGCAUCAGCAUGGCAAACUCGUUAUGCCAAACUCUAUCCAAAUAGGUUGGAGCUUCAUCCAGAGUCUGGAAGUACAAAGCCUGAGCUUGUUUUUAUGGAUCAAAUAGAAGAUGUUAGUGCUGACUUAGUUCAUGUGAAAAAUGAACAGUGUAUUGUGGUACGGACUAGGGAUGGAAAAAUUGUCCUCACUAAUCCGGAUGAAAUUGGAUUAAAGGAGUGGGCCUUGUCACUGAGGUCAGCGCAUAAAUGUUCUCUGGAGCUGCUUGGCAGCAUGGCAAAGAAAGCAGGGAAAAUAUAUGGAACAGAAAGGGAUGCAAACAACAAAAAUCCCUUCAUAGCAACAAGAAACACCAAUGGAAAUUGAGGAGAAAUCUUCGGAUAGUGUUUUUUAUUCAGUCGUCUCAUCUUGCCAGAAUGUGCAUUGUUUGGCUAUAAUUAGGUCAUGGUAACUCAGUGACAUACACCAAGAUUGCAGGCAAGGAGUAACUUGAUGGUAUUUGUACAAAAACCUCUUAAUUUUUUGCUAUAUUUAAAUGCCAAACCUUCCCUUAUCCUAUUACGGAUAUGUGAUAGACGAGUAGGCCUCUUGUAAAUAAAUGUGUAUGAAAGUUUUUUUAUUUAAGUGAAAGAUAAUCAGAGGAAUAGUACUGUCAGAGUGUUAGAUGACAACUACGAUAGCCAGCAAAAUUAAUAUAAUUUUAUGCAACCAGUCAUCAUAACGUAAAAUGCAGGACAUUAUUCCUUCACAUCUGUGUGUGGUCAUCCAUUUUUAGAUGAAGUUCUGUGAAUUUCAGUGGUAUGAGUGUUUAGAAGACAUUGAAAUACCAAGAAGCAGAGACUUAUCAUCCCCUGUAGUGGAUCGAGAGACCACUGUGAAGUGUGUGUGAGAGUAUGUUUCCUUGUGUGUACAAGUGUAGAUACUUUUUUAUUUUAAUUUUGCCUUUUCCUUCCCUGAGAACAUGUAUUGAUUGUUGGAAAUUAAUUUGCCAGUAUUUAUGUUAAUGCUGGUAUUUUAUGUAUGAGACAUUUAGAUACUGUACAUAUAAUAAGAAACAAACAGUAUUUUCACACAACAGUGCAAAAUGUCUUCUCAUAAGUACUUUAAAAUAUUUUUUGUUACAGAUCAUUAUUUAUUUUGAAACAACAUAUUAUGUGACAGACUAUUAGCAAACUUUUAAGACAUGCAGUGUGGAAUAUUAUCCAUAUUUCAGUUACGGUGUUAUUACUUCUAGACUUGUGAAUCUUUUUUUUUCCCAAACAACUACAUAAAAUGCUGCUCACUGAACUCCUCUCUUAACACAGUCCAAGUUAAGUUGUACAUGGUUGUUCCUGAGUUACAGUUUGUAAUUUCUCAUUUUACAUGCUGAAGAUGUAAAACAUUGCUCAGAGUAAACUGUGACUGCUAUUUCACGAUAUAAAAAAAUUGCAUUUUAUUUUGGUUAACUUUUAUAUUAACUUAGUUCUUGAAGUUUUGUAAUGAUUCCUGCUGUUAAAUUUCAUGGCAAGUGACUACUGAGAAUGGAUAUACCACAGUAAGAUUCUUAAUGAUAAUCAAUUUAUGUUCACAAUACAUGUUUCACUGUUCAGUAAUUCUUGCAUUUAAGAACUCAGGGUUUGACUGGAUUACACAUUUGAAGAUACUGUAUGCAACAGAAUUAUACAUGUAAUAACAUUAGUAAUUGUCCAGUGUGAGCUAUAAAUCCUGAAAUACAUUUUCAUUUUUAUCAAUUUUCACUGAAACAGUAGCAGUUAUUAAAGCCACUCAGAAAUGAAGUGCUUCUGGAAGAUUUGGUAGUUCAAUCAUAUCUUCACUUAAUUUAGACUAAUUAAUGCUCCAGUCAAAACAGCAAACACGUGUAGUGUGAUCUGUUAACUUAUUUAUAAAAAGAGUCAUUUCCUGUUAAUAAGAAAUGGUGACCUGUUCUCUGGCUGAAAUUGUACUCAGUGCACAAAAUGGAUAAGAAAAGACAAUUCAGAACAUUAAAAAUGUUACCACAAGAA